GAGCUCAAUAGCGAAGUCCCUAAUCUCGCAGGUGACGAGGAGGGCUGGUUCGGAUGUACAGGUUUUCAUGCCAUUGUGAACUGUAUAAUGACGCCAAAUAUGCUUCUACGACUACGUUGAUUUCCUGUCUAUGGCCACAGACUUAUAGAUGAUGAGCUCACGCUGUCGACAACAUCCACUCCAACAGAACAAUGUAUGCGUAGAGAUAAGGGUUAAUAAGGCUCGGCAUGCUAUCGUAUUCGUUUGUGUGAAAGCGUCAAUGAACGUCCGUCUUGUGAAGAAAAGAAUGAGCCCAAACACAGUCAAUCACAGCUGCCAUCAGGUAGCCCGUCUUAUCUUUGUAGUUUCUUUUUCCCGAAUUAUUGAAUCUACAACUUUGAAGCCUAAAUAUAUAAAGACGUUGCUAUGUGGCUAUCGUAACCCGAGCAAGGGUUUGGGAUGUCCCUUGAGCAAUACAUCGAGAAACUCCAUUGAUUCUCACGGCUGCCACAGCAAGACCGAAAAUAAGAGGAAGGGCGCCGAGAAGGGCUUGAGACUGGUCAGAGGGCGACCGCGAUUGUCCGUCAGUCCAUUCUUGUACCAGACUAACUCAAGCCCAUGACGACGGUUUAGACGCAAUAAUUCACUGGAUUGUCUUGACUCUCUAUCGACUUCAACUCAGUCCUUACGCUGUUCAUGGCGCACUCC